AUGGCCGCAAGCACCGCGAAGCAAUACCAUGACGCAAUUCGGAAACAAAAGAAGAAGCACUGGAAUGACUUUCUGGCCGACAACGACAACAUUUGGAAAGCUGCUCAAUACCUAAAGUCAGGAGAAGAUACAGCCUUCGGGAAAGUUCCGCAGCUUCUACGAGCAGACGGAACGGUUACCACUGACCAUAAGGAACAAGCCGAAGAACUUCUGACCAAAUUCUUCCCGCCCUUGCCGGAGAACAUUAAAGACGAAGGAACAAGACUACAAAGAGCGCCGGUCGAGAUGCCGGUCAUCACUAUGGAAGAGGUGACAGGACCAACUGUGCAGAGUAAUCGGGACGGCAUCACGGCCAUCGUCAAUGAAGCGCUCGACUGGGAGAAGAGGAGCGGGGCAACUUUUGAAGCGGACAAAACGGUAAUUAUACAUUUCGCACCCAAGGCUCGCAAAGUAGAUCGAGAGCCAUUCACUAUCAAGGGACAGACGGUCGUGCCUAAGAACAAGGUUAAGAUCCUCGGGGUCCUGAUAGACACGCGAUUGAAGUACAAGGAACAUAUUGCCAGGGCAGCGUCCAAAGGCCUAGAGGCAGCGAUAGAGCUUCGACGACUUCGAGGUCUCUCGCCAGCGACAGCGCGGCAGCUGUUCUCAUCGACAGUAGCCCCAGCGGUGGACUAUGCCUCGAACGUCUGGAUGCACGCCUUCAAGAAUCAAAACAUGGGACCGAUCAACAGGGUACAAAGGCUAGGAGCGCAAGCAAUUGUGGGCACAUUCCUCACCGUUGCGACCAGCGUAGCGGAGGCGGAGGCCCAUAUCGCCACGGCACGACACCGAUUCUGGAGACGAGCCGUGAAGAUGUGGACAGACCUCCACACACUACCAGAAACCAAUCCUCUCCGCAGGAGCACAGAUCGGAUCAGGAAAUUCAGGAGAUACCACCGCUCGCCACUAUAUCAAGUAGCGGACGCGCUGAAAAAUAUCGACAUGGAGUCACUGGAAACCAUCAACCCGUUUACACUGGCACCAUGGGACGCACGCGUGCAAAUAGAUGAUGAGCCUAUCUCAGAGGGGUCAACUGUACCCAGAGGAUCAAUGCAGAUCGCGUUCAGCAGCUCGGCGCGGAAUGAACUGGUCGGGUUUGGAGUGGCGAUCGAAAAGCAACCACCACGCCAGCGGAAAGUGAGACUGAAGACCUUGUCUGUCACGUUGAGUGCGAAGACAGAUCACAAUCCGUUUUCCGCGGAGCUGGCCGCCAUAGUGCAUACACUGAAGACACUUGCGGCAUCAUUGAAAGACUUUCGGAUUACACUGAUCACGAGCAACAAAGCGGCGGCUCUGACGUUAACGAACCCGCGACAACAGUCGGGCCAGGGAUUUGUCUGUCAAAUCUACAAGUUGAUGAGAAGACUGCAGAAACAUGGAAACCACAUCAACGUCCAGUGGAUCCCCACUAGCGAAGACAACAAACUACUUAGUCUGGCGAAAGAGCAGGCGAGAGCCGCGACACAAGAAGAUGCCAUCCCGCAAGUACAGGUUCCCAAAAUGAAAUCAACGACUCUCAAGAUUGCGAGCACCCAAGCAAUCCCCAGCCGCAAGCUGCCCGAAAACGUAGGGAGACACUCCCGUCGAGUGGAUACCGCACUCCCAGGAAAACACACGCGACAGCUGUAUGACCGAUUAUCGUGGAAAGAGGCGAGCGUGCUGGCUCAGCUCCGCACCGGCAUGGCGAGACUCAAUGGAUAUCUCUUUCGAAUCAAUGCCGCCGAGACAGAUCAAUGUGCAUGCGGACAAGCAAGAGAAACGGUGGACCACUUUCUCUUUCGAUGUCGGAAGUGGACCACACACCGGACGAUUAUGUUACAAUGUACCGAUACACACCGAGGGAACUUGUCCUUCUUCCUGGGAGGGAAGUCACCCUCCGAUGAUCAAAAGUGGAAGCCGAACGUGGAAGCAGUGCGAGCGUCAAUACGAUUCGCCAUCGCCACGGGCCGACUUGAGGCCACCUAG